GGAGGUAUGUUAUUUGAUUUGAUUUGAUUCUUUUCCUCAGAGCCAUUUUUAGCCAAAACGGGUGGGUCCCCACACAAACUAAUACGUACUUGUGUGACACACACGACACGAUAAGAAGGGCUGAACUUAUACACAACCAUUAUUAAACACACCACAUAAUCACUUUGCAUACUCCACCAAACCAAUUUCCUCUAUGGCUUCUCUUCUCAACGGCAACGUUUCUUCCUUACACUCACAACCUACUCAAACCAGCUUCUCUAAAAAACCACUUCUCCAUCAAACCCACUUCCUCCCAAUCUCAAAUACCCCCAAACACAAAUCACCCUUAUCCAAAACCACCGUUCAAAUCCGUUCCGACGUUAGUUAUGAUUCUCCAACUUCUUCAUCCACCGAUGACAAAAUCCGUGAAAUUCUCCGUAACCGUGAUUACGACAAGAAAUUCGGUUUCAACAUCGAUAUUGAUUCUGUCACAAUCCCAAAAGGUCUUUCAACACAAACCAUUCAUUUAAUCUCAGCUCUAAAAUCCGAACCUCAUUGGAUGCUCAAUUUUCGAUUAAACGCCUUUGAGAAAUUCGCCAAAAUGAAAGAACCAAAUUGGUCAGAUAACACGUACCCAACUAUAGAUUUUCAAGAUAUAUGCUAUUAUUCAGCUCCUAAGAACAAACCCGAGAUUAAUAGCUUAGAAGAAGCUGAUCCUGAGCUUUUGAGAUACUUCGAUAAGCUUGGUGUACCGUUAAACGAACAGAAUCGUCUAGCAAAUGUUGCCGUGGAUGCUGUUUUAGACAGUGUUUCUAUUGCAACUACUCAUAGGAAAACUCUUGAGAAGGCUGGUGUUAUAUUUUGUUCCAUUUCCGAUGCCGUUAAGGAGUAUCCUGAUUUGGUUAGGACUUAUUUAGGGAAAGUUGUUCCUAGUGACGACAAUUAUUACGCUGCUUUGAAUGCCGCUGUUUUUAGUGACGGGUCGUUUGUUUAUAUACCCAAGGGUGUUAAGUGUCCCAUGCAGAUAUCCACGUAUUUUAGGAUUAAUGCCUUGGAGACGGGGCAAUUUGAGAGGACUUUGAUUGUGGCUGAUGAUAGGAGUAUGGUGGAGUAUUUGGAAGGGUGUACCGCACCUUCUUAUGAUAAAAAUCAGCUUCAUGCGGCAGUUGUUGAGUUGUACUGCGGAGAGGGGGCGGAGAUUAAGUAUUCCACGGUGCAGAAUUGGUACGCGGGUGAUGAGAAUGGGAAAGGUGGGAUUUAUAAUUUUGUGACCAAGAGAGGAUUGUGUGCUGGUAAGAAGUCCAAGAUAUCGUGGACCCAGGUGGAAACUGGGUCCGCGAUUACUUGGAAGUAUCCGAGCGUGGUUUUGGAGGGAGAUGAGAGUGUUGGUGAGUUUUAUUCUGUUGCUUUGACGAAUAAUUAUCAGCAGGCGGAUACGGGGACUAAGAUGAUACAUAAAGGGAAGAAUACAAAGAGUCGGAUUAUAUCAAAGGGUAUUUCUGCUGGACAUUCAAGGAAUUGUUAUAGAGGACUUGUUCAGGUUCAGUCUAAGGCGGAGAAUGCGAAAAACUCUUCGCAGUGUGAUUCCAUGCUUAUUGGUGAUAGUGCUGCUGCCAAUACCUAUCCUUACAUUCAGGUGAAAAAUCCAACAGCAAGAAUUGAGCAUGAGGCUAGUACGUCGAAAAUUGGUGAAGAUCAGUUAUUUUACUUUCAACAGAGAGGAAUAGACUAUGAAAAAGCAAUGGCUGCUAUGAUAUCUGGAUUUUGCCGUGAUGUCUUCAAUGAGCUUCCUGAUGAAUUUGGCUCUGAGGUGAACCAACUCAUGAGCUUGAAGCUUGAGGGGUCAGUCGGAUAAACAGCUUGUUAGGCAUCAUUAUUUUGAAUUAGCUCAAGCCAUUGGUUCUUAAAAUUGUGGAAGUUCUCAGAGGUAGUGUGUCUGGAAAGAUGUGUACAUGAUGUAUAUGAUCUGUAUAAUUUUGCCUGAAACAUAUAUAGAUUUUGUCUGGAACCAUGCCACAAAGAAUCCAUGAAACAUCAAGUUUCAAACCUUAAUGUAUGAUCUCUAUUAUUGUUAUAAUACGAGUCUCACAUUUGAUGAGAUAACGUCUGACGAUAUGUUUAUAAGUGAUAGGCAGGCCACCCUUUAAAAGCCGGUUUUGUAAGGGUUGAGUUAAGCCCAACCCAAAUUUUAAGAUAUAUGAUGUUGAUUAGCUCUUUUGAUUUC